CUGCAGUUUCUGAGGGGGUCUGAUGCGUCACAAUAUUUGAGACAAAGUGUGUGUGUAGCUCUGUGCGAUCGACAACUCCGGGAUCUUUUAGAAGAUGUGCUCCCAUUCCAUGCUUUCAAAGUGAAGGAUGGUGAACGUAGCUGGAAAGUUCCGUCACUUCUUUGCUGAAGAUUACAAAGGAGAAAGUUGAUUUUAGCGCCAGUGAAGUAAUCACUUCUUUCUUGCUUUGUUUUCGGUGUCUGAGCUGAAUCUGAGGAUUUCACAUGAUUGAUGCUGGAAUGCACAAUGUUCUGUGGAUCCUUUUCCUGGAACCUGGCUCUAUUGUCUGCACUGGAUAGCAAUCUCAGUUUUGUCAUUUGAAUCCCAACCUUUCCGUUCCAUGGAUCCUGACACAACUUUCGCCUGGAAUAUGUAACGAAUCUGCUGCAGAUCACAAUGCUUUGCUUGAAAAUUGUGAGACAGUUUCAAUAAUUAGACUCGAAGAACUCGCAUACUGGUGAAGCAAUGUAAUGCUGAGCUGUUUGUAUCCGUCGCUGUAAGGUUCUCCCAGUCUGAUGAAAUAGAGAUCACCGCAGUGACAAUUAACUCUUUAGAUCAAAGGUGUCAGAAUGAAGCUGCCGUCCCGUGUCUGUGUGCAUGUCAUCAUUUUGUCACUUCUCCAUCUUUUGCAGGGUGUUUACGAUGAACGUGACUCCAGACUGAAGCAGAAGAGGGCAAGUUUAGAGCAACAGAUCCGAGCUGCUUCCAAUGUGAGGGAGUUGCUGUCAAUUAUUAAUUCCUCGGAUUGGAAGCGGUGGAAAUGCCACCAAAAAUUAAAAUACCUGACCGGCUUUGACACACGAUCGCGGUCGACCAGGUUCGCUUCUCCAUAUUACGAUGCCGACACGCUCAAAUCUAUCGAUGAUGAGUGGCAGAGGACUCAGUGCGUCCCCAGGGAAUCCUGCGUCGACGUUGCUAAGGAGAUUGGACGUAGCACUAAUACUUUCUUCAAGCCUCCGUGUGUGUCCGUGUAUCGAUGCGGUGGGUGCUGCAAUGAAGAGAGCCUGGUUUGCAAGAACACCAGCACAUCUUACAUCCGCAAAGAGCUCUUCGAGAUUGCCAUUCCUCUGACCAAUAUACCAGAGCUAUUGACUGUCAGAAUUGCAAACCAUACUUCUUGCAAAUGCAUCUCCAGUCGACAUGCCUAUUCCAUCAUUCGAAGAUCGAUCCUCACACAUGAAGACUACAGCUGUCUGUAUAACGAGAAUCACUGCUCCAGGGGCCUGGUCUGGGAUAAAGAGAAAUGCCACUGUGUGACCUCCACCAUUCAAAGAGAAGAUGAACUCUCUCCAAUUGCAGAGCUGGCCAUCUGUGGGCCUUAUAUGGAGUUCAAUGAGGAACUGUGUGAUUGUGUAUGCAGGAACAUGGAAAGCCAUGAAACUUGCUCACAGAAACAAAAAGUGUUUGAUCCGAAUACCUGCAGUUGUGUGGAUAGACCUGUCUGUAUUUACCACAGCAGAUCCUGUGUUGCGGGAAAGGUCUUCAAUGAUAAGCAUUGCCAGUGCGUGUGGAAGGAUAAACAUUCACGUAGUACACAGAAGGAAGGUGACUGAAAGUCAUGGAUUUUGACUUCAAUAAUAAAGUGCUAAUUCUACA